UGUGAAACAACAUGGCGAACGGACUUGAGACCUGCCGGCGAAUUCUUAGAGACAAAUUUCCGGCAAUCGACGACGAUCUUUUUAAAUAUGUGACAGAUAUUCUCGAAAGUGGAGUGGAUGAUUUUGAGAAUGGUGAGGAUAUUUAUGAUGCCGUUGGAAGUAUUUUGGCUGAGGUGGCUGGCGAUGAAGGAGAAGAUGAAAUAAUUGACUUGUGCAAUCAGCUGCUAAGUACAUUGAAAGGCGAUGGCUGCAAUGGCACUGACACAGAUCAAAAUGCCCAAAAGUUACUCCACACUCCUGUUAAUUUGAAGGAAAUGGCAAAAAAUUUGGAAACACAGACGGAUGAUGAUCCAUCAAGUAUUUGGAUUGUUAAAAGGGAAAGUAACACAGUUGUAGAUCAGAAGAAACUGCAAAAGGCUGAAGCAAAGUUAAAAGCAAAACAGGAGAAACGUGCACAAGAAGAUGAACCUAUCAAUGAAAUCAGAGGAAGACAAAUAGACAAUGCAUCAGCUUGCCAGAGCUCAAACAAAAGAGAAAGCAAAUUAGAAGCCAGUGGUAUUAAUAAAAGUCGUGAUAUCAGGAUAGAGAACUUUGAUCUUUCCUAUGCGGAAAGGGUAUUGCUGAAAGAGGCAGAGUUAUCCCUAAUUUUUGGCAGGAGAUAUGGUUUGGUGGGUAGAAAUGGAAUUGGAAAGACGACCCUGAUUAAAAUGCUCUCUAGGCGUGAGUUAUUUGUGCCCUCUCACAUUUCUAUUUUGUGUGUACAACAAGAAGUAAAAGGUGAUGAAACGCAAGUUCUACAGAGUGUUUUGGAGUGUGAUACAGAAAGAGAAAACCUCUUACAGGAAGAGAAGAAACUUCUUGCACAGUCAAGUGCUAAGUCUGACACAUCUGAUGGCACAAGUGGAAGAUUAGCACAAGUUUAUGCAAGGAUGCAAGAAAUAGAGGCUGACAAAGCUCCUGCAAGAGCUUCAUCGAUACUGGCUGGAUUGGGCUUUUCAACAAAAAUGCAGAAUCAGCAAACGAGAGAACUGUCUGGUGGCUGGAGAAUGAGGCUUGCUCUUGCCAGAACACUUUUUAGCAGACCAGAUCUGUUACUUCUUGACGAACCUACGAAUAUGUUGGAUCUGAAAGCUGUUCUAUGGCUGGAAAAAUAUCUUCUGAACUGGCCAUGCACUCUUCUCGUGGUAUCACAUGACCGUACCUUUCUUGACGCUGUCGUUACCGACAUAAUUCACAUGCACUCCCAGAGACUUGAGUCAUACAGAGGAAACUAUGAGAAUUUUGUCAAGACCAUGACUGAAAAACUCACCAAUCAGCAGCGAGAAUACGAAGCACAGCAAAUGCACAGGCAGCAUCUGCAGGCUUUUGUUGACAGAUGGAGAUACAACGCUAAAAGAGCAUCUCUUGCACAGAGCAGACUUAAGGCUCUCGAGAAGCUACCUGAUCUUCAGCCAGUUGUAGUCGAUCCACCCGUGGUACUCAAAUUUCCCGAAUGUGAAAAACUUUCUCCUCCCCUAUUGCAACUGGAUGAGGUGACUUACUACUACGAAAAAGGGAAAGUGGUUCUCAAUAAAGUAAGCCUCUCUGCAAAUCAAGAGUCGCGGAUAGCUUUGGUUGGUGAAAAUGGACAAGGAAAAACGACGUUUUUGAAACUGUUACGAGGAGACCUGGAACCAGUGUCUGGACUCAAAUUUGCUCAUAGGAAUUUAAAGAUUGGUUAUUUCAGUCAACAUCACGUUGAUCAACUUGGUUCAGAACUUACUCCAUUGGCUUUGCUUGCUUCUAAAUUUCCAGGACAACACGAAGAAGAGUACCGCCGUCAGCUGGGUCGAUAUGGAGUCAUUGGUGACUUGGCUCUCAGACCUGUGAAGAGUUUAUCGGGUGGUCAGAAGAGUAGGGUAGUUAUGGCACUUAUGAGUAUGAUAAGACCUCACUUUCUUAUUCUUGACGAACCCACGAACCAUUUGGAUGUCGAGACCAUAGAAGCUCUUGGAGUUGCUCUGAACAAUUACAAGGGCGGUGUAAUAAUGGUUACCCAUGACGAAAGACUAGUAAGAAGUGUAUGUAAAGAAGUCUGGUUAUGUUCCAAUGGCUCUGUCAUCAGACAAGAUGGUGGAUUCGACCAGUACCGAAAACUACUCGAAGAUCAAAUUCGAGAUUUAUGACCAAAUGAUUAGAAAUGAAAAUGGCAAUUACCAAUGACAGAUAACUACUACGAUGUUUCAUCAAUAACGGUGCUCGGGUGAAUGUAGCUUUUCCUUCCCACACGCUCAACGUUUAAGACCAAGUUCUAAAAUGCUAAAUAUAGGAAAUUGCAGGCGCAUCGCGGUAGUUAUAGGCAUACAGAUUGGCCUUGGCAUGAGAACCAUGAAGGACAACGGUGAAGAAAAGCAAAGAAGUUAGCAUAAACAGGAAAAAGAACUAAUGGAUAAGUGGCAAAGCGAAGCUUUCACUAAGGUGUACCUUCCAUAGUAGUUGUAGAGGUAGUAGUAGUAGUAAUAAUAAAACUAAUAAUAACUAUGAUACUUAAAAUAAUAAUAUUAAUCAAAGUAAUAAUGAUAAUAACAAUGAUAAUAAAUACACGAGCAUAAAAAUGUUCAAUUCUAGAAGCCACUUAAAACACGAUCCGUCUAUGUGCUGUCUAUGUUGUUGUACCUAAUACCUUCGCAAAUCUUCCAUGCACACCCUCUGUUCUUGUCUCUGUAACAAAUUUUGUAUGAUACGAGUUCUGUAUCCUUAAUAGAUGUAGCGCUCAAAUUGUACUGUUGGUAAUUGAAGAAUAUAGUGAAUUAGCCUGA